CACCCAAAAGUAUUCUAUUUUCUCCUUUAAUUUUUUAGCCAAAUAGUAGUGUGGUUCCGCCCAACGACUGGUUUCCACAUCCGUCUUCACCCUUGCAAAACCAUCUCUUCUGUUAGGGUUUUUCUCCCCUGAAAGGAUUUCCUUCUUCUCCAGCUAACCGGGAUUCUUGGAAGCAACUAAAUUAUCCGGAAAUGGUCUCGUCCUAAUUUCAGGUUUUUCUUAAGUUGGUGCAGAAACAGCGAACUUGAGCAGGGAUUAAUAACCCAAAAAAUAACUUUACUUGGAGGAUGGGUGACGAUGCUUUUGAUGGCCAGCUAUUGGCUGAAAAGUUGUCUAAGCUUAACAGUUCACAGCAAAGCAUAGAAUCUUUGUCAAGGUGGUGCAUUUCAUAUCGUAAGAAAGCCAAGCAGAUUGUUGAAACGUGGGAUAAGUUGUUCAGAUCUGCACAGCGGGAGCAACGUGUUUCAUUUCUGUACUUAGCCAAUGAUAUUCUGCAGAAUAGUCGGCGCAAGGGCAGUGAGUUUGUUAAUGAGUUCUGGAAGGUCCUUCCCACGUCUGUGAAGCAUGUUUAUGAAAGUGGUGAUGAAAAUGGGAAGAAAGCGGCUUCUAGACUGGUUAAUAUAUGGGAAGAGAGAAAAGUUUUUGGAUCCAGGGGUCAGAAUCUUAAAGACGAAGUGUUGGGCAAGACUCCUGGUCCGUCAGUAAGCAAUGGGAAGAGCUCAAAUCCUAUCAAAGUUGUGAAAAAGGAUGCUCACUCAGUAAGGAUUAAAUUGGCUGUUGGCUGUACUCCAGAAAAAAUUGUAACAGCAUUCCAACUAGUUCAUGAUGAAAAUGUGAAUGAGGAAGAUGCUUUGAACAAGUGCAAAGAUGCAGUUUUUUGUGCUGGGGAAAUGGAGAGUGAUAUUGAAAACCUUACUUCCCAAGGAAAUCUCCAGGGUUCUGAAUUGAUGGAUAAGAUGCAAGAGCAGGAAAACAUACUUCAGCAAUGUGUCAGCCAGCUUGAGAAUGCUGAAUCAUUGAGAGUUACCUUGAUUUCUCAGCUGAAAGAUGCACUUCAAGAUCAAGAAUCUAAGCUAGAGCUAUUACGCAGUGGGCUGCAGGUUGCACGUGGUCAGAUCGAACUAGCAAAAAAUGUAAGACAGAGGCUGACAUCUCCCAAUGUUGCUGCUCCACCAUUGAGUACUGGUAUCCUUCCAGUUGAUGGCACAAGAGCAACUGAACCAACCCCGCCUUCACUGCAAUUACCCAACAUGCCUCCUUUGCCUCCACCUCCCAAUCCUUUGACUUCUUUUGCAAAUUCCAAAACUAAUGAAGAGGAAAGCAAAAGGGCGGCAGCAGCUCUUGCUGCAAAACUUGCUGCUUCAACAUCUUCUGCUCAAAUGUUGACCUCUGUUCUUUCGUCUCUUGUUGCUGAAGAAGCUGCGUCACUGAGCAGUGGAUUGAAAUCAACUGGUUUCUCUUCUAGCUUACCUUUUGCAUCUCCAGAGAAACGGCUCAAGUUAGACAAGCCAAUGACUUUUUCUGAUAUGAACAGUUCCGAAGGGGGUAAUUCCACUUACUUCACUUCAUCACAGCAACCGAUUACUAGCAUUCCUCUUGCCCCUUCCUCAGGCUUACAAUCGUCAAACCAGAUACAAGCUCCGUUUCCACCACCUCCACCUCCACCACCACCUUUACCUCCAGCAAAUUCCACUGGAAGUCAGUUAGGUCAGUCUGCAGCUAUGAUGAUGGGGAUGAUGCCCUAUGGAUAUAGUGCCGGCUGCCUUCAGCCACCUCAAAUUGCAAUGGGACUGAGGCCGCCUCCACCACUACCCCAGCAAGCACAACAGCAGCAACUGCAGACUCAGCAGCCACAAUCUCAACAGCAGCCUGCCAAUGGUGGAUUUUAUCGUCCACCUGGUAUUGGAUUCUAUGGACAGACCCAUCAGCAGACAACACCAGCAGCACCCAGGCAGUAAAUCCCUUUGGAAUAGGGAGCACAUGUUACAUUGUACAUUAAUAGUAAAAGUAGACUAGUUCUAGUUACUGUUUCCCUUCUCCUUCAUACUUUUGUGCACCUGAUAUCCUCUGCAAUCCCCAAGCCCUCCUUCGAACCUCCACCUCUGUUGCUUAACCAAAGUGCCCUUUGUGUUGAAGUAUUGGGUGUUUUGCAUCCAUUAAAGCGUACCUGUAACCUAAUGUCUAGGUGUCCGUAUAAUUAGUUGUAGAUUGAAGGUCCAUGUACUUAAUAUCUUCAGAACCUUGAGCAGAAAGAAACUAGUAGGUGAAAUUUUAGCCUGUUUCUGCUGCUUGGACCUUUCUAUUAGUACUUUUGAAUGCUUAAAACUGUGUAAUCAUGCGAUUUCACUUAAGUUCUAUGAUCUCUGUAUGUCAUGGA